GGCUUCUUACGUCAGGAGUCCCGUCCUCCAGCUGACAGGAAAACAGGGAUGUUUAUGAAUUGCAAUCCUUAUUCUCAGGACUCACUGUCAGACAGCAAAGAGCCACCUACUGUAGAUCUUCAUUCACUGCACAGCACUCCGAGCGGAUCACCAGAUCCAGGAUCCUCAGCACAGCUACAGAAUUUAGGUGAAGAUGUUGUGUCGCUGUGGGUGCCUCUGCCUGGUUCUCUCACUCUUCCUGAUUCCUUACCUAGCCUACAGCUCUGUUGAUGUAAGAGCCAUUGUACCAUUAAAAUGCAGAAUAGCAGGCGUGGUUCUCGUGGAAAAUGAGGAUCGGACAAAGAAAUUUAACUACACAAUGGCUGAGAGUGUCUGCCAGUUACUGGGACUGGAGCUCGCCAGCAAGGCUCAGUUGGAGAAGGCAUGGAGAUAUGGUUUUGAAACAUGCAGCUAUGGAUGGGUAACAGACAAAUUUGGAGUUAUUUCACGAAUUCAGCGAAAUGAAAAAUGUGGCCGGAACCAAACCGGAGUCCUUACGUGGAGCAUUCCACUCUCCGGAUACUUCAACGCGUAUUGUUUCAAUGUAUCAGAUACCCAAAUCAAUUCUUGCAAACCAGAGCUCAUGGUGACCAGGCCACCGAGCACAGUGGUGCCACUGUCUGAGUCUACAACAGUGCCGAUCCGCCAUAACUCAGAAACAGAAGCGCAGACUCUGCAGGCCAUUCCAAAAACCCAGCGGGAUCUACUGACCACUCUAAAGGACUCAUCCACUCGGGCAUUACCUGCCACAACGCAGACAUCACUGAGGACAACACAGCAACCUGCGACACAGAGCCAAGCACCAACUGCGGAACUGCCCAGCACUUUGGAAAAUCAGGUGUCCCCGAAGCAGCUGCUACACAAAAGCGAGAGAGUCAUAUUUGGAGGAUUACCGACAACGCUGCUCAUAUUGGCGCUGCUAUUUUUUAUAGCAGCCGUGGUCCUUGCCAUUUGCUACAUUAAAAAGUACAAGACAAACUUACUGUUCACCAAGAAAAAAGAGGAAAAAGAGGCCGUAGAAACAAAAGUGUUUAAAGAAAUGGUACAUAACAACAGGGAAGAGGAAGAGAAUACACAAAACGGAAAACAGGCUGCGAGCACAGGAAACAGCAUUGAGGCGGAGGUGUGAUAUCAGUAGGACCAGCCUGAGCGAUAAACUGAUUAUUCACUGGGAACUGUGCCCAGUGUGUGAACUCAUUGGGCUGUGUAACCGCUGGUGGAUAAACAACAGAAAACUUUCCAAAGUGCCAAUCUGUACCAGAGUAAUCCAGUCGCUGACGCUCCUAAUUCUUCAGACCAUCAUGCCAGCCAUAUACCAGCCUUAUAGUCCCACAGUGGCUGAUAAAUGCAUGCAACCAGCACAGGAUUCUGCACUUCUGCAUUGCCAAGAAGCAACCUCGGUGUGAUGUCACUUCCUGUCGCCCACUCUGCUGCAUUUCCGCAUACAUUACAAUGGAUUCUUAAUUACCAUUGGUGCACUCAAGUUUUUGUGGGGGAGAG